CUAGCUGAGUACUAAAUGUGACUCUGAAUAUUGAAACCAAGAAGAAAGAUCAAUCUCUUCCUCUUUCACUCUGCUAUUCCUUGCAAAGCAAGUUAUUGUGUAUUGUAAUUCACUACUCAUGUAUGGCAAUGGGUGAUAUGAAAAUAAGAUCCAUUUUAUGGAUGUUAUUGUUGUUUGGUUGUUUUGUGAUUGUAUCUGCUGAAAGAAGGCUUGUGAAAUUACAAUUGCCAAGUUUUAACGUUACUACUACUACUACUACUACUACUCAGAAGAAUGAACACAGUUUUCUCACACAAGCUGUCAAUUUCUUAUGGCUAUCAGAUGGAUCUGGUUAUCAACACGUGUGGCCGAAAAUGGAAUUUGGGUGGCAAAUAGUUUUGGGUAGUUUUAUUGGUUUUUGUGGAGCUGCGUUUGGAAGUGUUGGUGGUAUUGGUGGUGGUGGCAUAUUUGUUUCUAUGAUUAGUCUCGUUAUUGGAUUUGAUCCUAAAUCAUCAACGGCUAUCUCCAAAUGCAUGGUGAUGGGUGUAUCUGUGGCAACAGCUUACUACAACCUUAAAAUGAAACAUCCUACCUUAAAUAUGCCAAUCAUUGACUAUGACUUGGCACUUCUAAUUCAACCUAUGCUCAUGCUUGGAAUCAGCAUUGGAGUGAUCUGCAACGUUAUAUUUCCUAAUUGGCUUGUCACUAUAUUGCUUAUUGUUCUUUUCUUAGGCAUAUCAACUAAAGCAUUCUUUAGAGGGGUUGAGACAUGGAAUAAGGAAACCAUAAUGAAAAAGGAGGCUGCCAGGAGAGAAGAAUCACUUGGUUCUGGAGCUGAAACAGAAUACAAACCUCUUCCAACUGGACCAAAUGGUGCCACUGAAAAAGAGGUGACUAUAAUUGAAAAUGUGGACUGGAAGAAGUUUGGACUUCUAGCAUUUGUUUGGGUUUCAUUCAUUGCAAUACAGAUUGCCAAGCAAAACUACACAUCUACAUGUUCAACAGCAUAUUGGGUACUGAACUUAUUACAGAUUCCAAUCUCAGUUGGGGUAACUGCAUAUGAGGCAACUGCAUUAUCUACAGGGAAAACAACAUUAGCUUCCAUAGGUGAUCAAGGGAAAGAAUAUACAGUUAUCCAACUAUUCAUCUAUUCUGCUAUUGCCUUGUUGGCCGGCAUACUCGGUGGAUUGUUGGGCCUAGGAGGCGGAUUCAUGUUGGCUCCACUUUUUCUCGAGAUGGAAGUCCCUCCUCAAGUAUCAAGUGCCACGACCACAUUCAUCAUGACAUUCUCCGCAUCUAUGUGUGUUGUGGAAUACUACAUGUUGAAACGAUUUCCGAUUCCUUAUGCUCUUUACUUCCUUCUGGUGUCUUUUAUAGCUGCUUUGGUUGGACAACAUUUUCUGAGCAAAAUACUCAAACUAUUUGGGAGAGCAUCUAUCAUCAUCUUUAUUCUUGCUAGCAUAAUAUUUAUCAGUGCAAUCUUGGUGGAGUUGGCAUUUCAAAUAUGGUGAACAAGAUUGUGAAUCAUGAAUAUAUGGGAUUUGAGAAUAUCUGCAAGUACGGGUCAUAGGACAUUUGUGAAGAUUAUUUUCUUGUGGUUACAUUAUGUAUGUGUAUAUUUUUUUAUUGUCAAGAGCUAAGGUGGCAAAGAUAGAUUAUUUCAUUUCCUGUUUGAAUGUGUGUAUAUUUUUUUAUUAUCAAGUCAUGGAUUGAUUUUGUAAGA